CGGGUGGCGGCGGCGGGGGGGCGGCGGGGCCGGGCUCGCUCGGAGCGCGGAGGGGCCGCGGCAGGCGGAUCCCCCUGGACUCAGCUCUGUCCCCGCAGAUCCAGCGCCCGCCCAGCUCGGGGGGUCCCGGCUUUGGGGGGGGGCCCGGCCCUGUGUCCCCCCCCUUUCUGCCCCAGUGGCCCCCCUGGCAGGAGGAAGAAGAGGAGGAGGAGGAGGAGGAGGAGGAGGAGGAGAAGGAAUGGCGGCACCGUGGCGGGUACUGGAGCCCGCCCAAAAAUCCAUAAAAAUUUACUGAUCCCACCUUUUCUUACCCCAAACGAGCUUUACCUGGGCAAGAAGUAAGGCCAAAGGCUCCCACAGCAUGGCUCAGGCGAGCCUCCUGGCCUGCGAGGGGCUCUCGGGCGUCUGCCUCGUCCCCACCGUCGCCAGCAAGAAGAUGAUGCCCAAAUCCGGCGGGAAGCAGGACGGGAGCCGGGAACGGGGCUCCAGCCCCGACCUCCUGUCCCUCCGCCAGGACCCCGACAAGCCCCGUGCCCGCAAGGACGACGAUGCUCCCGAGGCCUCCAACCCCAAGAAAUCCAUGAAAAAGCGCCGCAAGCGGGUUCCCAGCGCCGAGGGACCCCCGAGCUCCUCCCGCCGAGGAUCCCAGAUGGUGGUGAUUGAGCAAAACGGCUCCUUCCAGCUCAAGAACUUCAUCUGCGACCACUGUUUCGGCGCCUUCCGGAGCAGUUACCACCUCAAACGGCACAUCCUCAUCCACACCGGGGAGAAGCCGUUCGAGUGCGACAUGUGCGACAUGCGCUUCAUCCAGAAGUACCACCUGGAGCGGCACAAGCGGGUGCACAGCGGGGAGAAGCCGUACCAGUGCGAGCGCUGCAUGCAGAGCUUCUCCCGCACGGACCGGCUGCUCCGACACAAGCGCAUGUGCCAAGGCUGCCAGACCAAGACCCCUCCCGACUCCCAGCUCCUGCUGUGAAAAUCUGGGAAUACCGGGAAGUUCGGGGGUGUGGGAGGGGGGUGUUUCCUCCUGCACGCCCCACAUCACCGUGCUCUGCCUCACCUGGAUUUCUCACCCCCUCUAAGGAUGGGGAAGAGCCCGAACGCUGCAAGCGUGAAAAAACUUGGAUCGUUCCUGCCCUCCGGCCUAAAAACUUGGAUGAUGAUCCCAAAAAUCCUCCUGGAAUCUUCAAGUGCCCCUCUCCCCCACCACCAUCGUUAUACCCCUGAAUCCACCCCUUCCCCUCUUAGGAAAGACUGGGAGCCCCCACACUGCCCAAAAUCCCGGCGGAUCCGGGAUACCUCUGCACAGGUAGGAGGGUCCUGCUGGGAACAGCAGCAUCAGCCCCUCUCAGAGAAAAGGAGGGAAACUGAAGACGUUGAGGGUGCUUCAGCUUGGGGGGUGGGUGCACCCCCAGCUUCUUUUUGGAAAAUAGGAAACAAAAAAUGAAUUUGGGGCCCCCCCUGAGCGGCAUAUCCUGUGGGACACUCAUCAGCACUUCCCAUUUCCUCUGGAAAUCCUUCAGAUUCUGGGGGUUUCUCAUACGUCCAUGCGGUUUUGGGGUGCUGCCUAUGUCCCCCCAUGCUGGGAGGUCUGUGCCCUGGGUGGGGGGAAGAGGGGCCCCCCAGUUUCCUGGAAAACCCUGUUCCAAGGGAAAGGAAAAUGCCUGAAUCAGGGGCAAGGGUCGGGGGGGUGGUUAGUGUGGGGCAGGAGCAGCCACAAGCUCCCAAAAACCGCAAGGGGGGCCCCUGUUCCCCCCACCCCUUCGUUUUGGGGGUGUCCCUGCCCCCCCCAUCACAGACUGCUCUAAGGGGCAAGAGAGAUUGUGCCCAUUUUUGUGCCCUGAGCCCCCUUUCUGGGCCUGCAGGAGUUUUGGGGGUGGGCCCAAAUAUUGGAGACCUCCCCCAAUGACACUUCAAGAAGGACAUUGGCUCUGCUGAGCCCAUUCCCCCAAAUUUGUGGGGCCUGGGGGGGGCAGUUUGGGGGCUCCAGAAGAGGUUGGGGUGCUGGGGGGGGGGGGGUGGGGGGGUUCUGGGGAGGGGGUGGGAUUUGGGGCACUCCAGGGCCCCCCACCUGUGAGGGCUCUCACCCCCCUCACACCCCCCCAGGCUUUGUUUUUGGGGUGAUUUGUUGGGAUUUAGGGUUUAAUACAGUUAUUUUGCUAUGGGGAGGGGAGGGCAGCGGGGUGCAGCCCUGGGGGGGCGGGGGGGGGGUCACUUUUAAACUGUAGUUUUUUCUAAGGGUCCCCAAAUUUUUUGUCCCCCCUUCCCACUGUGUCCCCUGCCCCCACUGUGUGUCCUCCCCCCUUCCUUUAGGGCUUAUUUAAAUAAAAAUUUGGGUUUUUGCUUU